GUUGUGAGAGUUGAACUUGUGAGCACGUCGUCAUCUCCACAUCCUCCACUUCUUCUUUUUGUUGACCAAACCUGGCAUCCCGGGCUGGAUUUAUUUGGGAAUCACCACAACGGGAGAGCAGCACCUGGUUGAUUGAUCUCAAGGGUCUGAGUUGCCGUGAUGGACGACCAGUCCCACGGCAGUCCCCAGCGCAGCGGAGGCCAGGCCGGCGUGGAGGCCCCACGGCACUUGAGGCAAGGUGUCAUCAGGUGCGGGUGGCUGAGGAAGCAAGGAGGCUUUGUCAAAACCUGGCACAACCGCUGGUUUGUCCUGCGAGGGGACCAACUCUUCUAUUACAAGGACGAAGACGAGAGCAAAGCCCUGGGAGCCAUUUUCCUACCCGGCAACAAAGUCACGGAGCAUCCAAGCAGCGGCGAUGAAGCAGGAAAAUAUCUCUUUGAGGUCAUUCCAGGGGGAGACAGAGAGCGGAUGACAACCAACCAUGAGACCUACCUCCUUAUGGCCAGCACCCAGAAUGACAUGGAGGAUUGGGUGAAGACCAUCCGCAGGGUCAUAUGGGCUCCUUUUGGCGGAGGGAUCUUUGGUCAGAAAUUGGAGGAGACGGUGCGAUAUGAGCGUCGCUUCGGGAACAAGCUGGCCCCCAUGCUGGUGGAGCAGUGCGUGGACUUCAUCCGGCAGAGGGGCCUACAUGAGGAGGGCCUUUUCAGGCUCCCCGGACAGGCCAACCUGGUCAAAGAGCUGCAGGAUGCCUUUGACUGUGGAGAGAAGCCCUUGUUUGACUGCAACACGGAUGUGCACACAGUAGCGUCUCUGCUAAAGCUCUAUCUCCGCGAGCUGCCCGAGCCUGUCAUCCCCUUCCACAAGUACGACGACUUCCUGUCCUGCACCAAGCUUCUUGGGAAGGACGACGACACGGGCAUGAGGGAGCUGAGAAAGCUUGUGCAAGGUCUACCUCCAGUCAACUACAACCUUCUCAAGUACAUCUGCAGAUUUCUUGAUGAAGUCCAGUCGUAUUCCGGUGUGAAUAAAAUGAGCGUGCAGAACUUGGCCACAGUGUUUGGUCCAAAUAUCCUUCGGCCAAAGGUGCAAGAUCCGGUUGCUAUCAUGGAAGGAACUGUUCUGGUCCAGCAGCUCAUGGCGCUUUUGAUCGGCCGGCACGAUGCGCUGUUCCCUCGGGAUGAGAACCCCGCGGGACUCGAGCUCGCCAACAACAACAACAUUGAGUUGCCGAGGCGACAAGCGGCCACAGGCGGCGUGGUUACAGUGGCUCAGAACGUGGAGAACAACAACGUGCAGGCUGUGCGUCAGUGCGUUUGGGAAGCGCCGGAGUCUCCUCCCUGCCAGCGUGAGGAUAACGAUGGCUUGUCGCGCUCCGCAAGCCCUCGUAACAUUCCGGGACGCUUCGAUAACACCCGAAGCCCGCCGCUGACUGUGAAAAAGAACCCGGCGUUUAGCAAAGGCAGUGGGAUUGUUACUAAUGGUUCCUUUAGCUCCUCAUCCGAUCCAAACCAAGAAAAGUGUCAGACUCCGAUUAGCAGCGGGAGCUUACCAGGGCGUCGAAGCGGGACACUGAAGGGCUCGGGGACAAAAAUGGGAACGAGUGGAGUUACAAGCGGAGGGAACGCUAAUGGAGUUCUUCGCUUGGGGAUUUCCGCCCCGGACGGAGUGACGGGUGUUCUGAACGGUCGCUGUGGUCUUUGGGCACCAAAUGGGUGCGUCACAUUACGGGAAAACAACAAAGCACGCGACUACGCCGGCGGGGAUCAAACAUCCAAUCAGAACCGUCUGUCCACGUACGACAACGUCCAUUUAAACCAGCAGAACUUGCAGCAGCACAACCACGCCCCCCCCAUUUGCCUCAACAGCAGCUGCGAGGACAAGCAGAGCGUGGACAGCGCUACGUGGUCCACGUCCUCCUGCGAGAUCUCCCUGCCAGACAACUCCACCUCCUGUCGCUCCUCCACCACCACCUGCCCCGAGCAGGACUUCUACGGCUGUCACUACCAGGACCUGGACGGACCCGCGCAGGACGGGGAGUCGGGCGGGGGAGCGGAUGACGAGGGAAAGGACAGCGGCAACAGGGACGCGGCUGGAGAGGGGGCAGGGAGGAGCGGCAGCGAGCACAGCAGCAAGUUCAAUGGCGGACCAGGCGGCCACAGCGCGCUGCACAGCCUGGUGGCCAGUCUCAAACAGGAGAUGCACAAGCAGAAGACGGAGUAUGAAGCCAGGAUAAAGAGCUUGGAGCAGCGCAACCUGGACCUGGAGUCGGAGAUGGUGAGCCUCCACGAGGAGCUGGACCAGGAGAGGAAGAAGUACACCAUGGCCGAGAUCAAGCUGCGCAACGCCGAGAGAGCCAAGGACGACGCCGAGCGGCGGAAUCACAUGCUGCAGAAGGAGAUGGAGCAGUUUUUCUCCACGUUCAGCGAUCUCACCGCCACGGGGAACGUUGCCGCCGCCGCCGCCACAGACCCCCGCCGGCCGGAUCGCAGCAACCCCAUCUGGAUACAGUGAAGGUGCGCUGCAACGUUACAGGGAAUCUUAACUUCUGCUAGCUAUACAAUACACGGGAAACGCAAACAUGAGUAGUUGGAAGGCCGGCUUGCUAACGUGCGUCCUAGCUGUUGUUUACCUAAUUGGUAACAACAUGCGUGCAACAUUGAAUAAGCCACACAGGCAGCAAGAAACUAAAUGAAGCCACAGUGGGCAGUAGAAAUCAAAGGUACUGUUAGCACCGAGCAGCGGUCUUUAUGCGUCUGUGUCUCUUUCUUGGAAUCGUUGGCACUUAUUAACGCACAAAUGAAUCAAUGUGGCUUUGGUGCUAGCAUUAGAGUCCGCAAACCUCUUCUGGAUUUGUAUGUUCGGGAAAAAAACGUAUGUCCGGCAUCAAAUAGAAUCAUUAGCGCUGACUUUCCGGCGAGGUUCUACGACGGAGUAUGAACGCCACACUGGAAAAAAAAACAUCAACUGAGAUUUGAAGAAUAAAAGUCGGAAAUUUACGAGAAAAAAAGUUGUAAUUUACGAGGAUGAAGUCGUAAUAUUACGUGUCAGAGGGGAAAUAGAGCAUAGUUCUUCAGGAAAGAAGGAAGGAAGGAAGGAAGGAAGGAAACUUUCCUCUUGCUUCAGGCAAGCUCUUAUUUAUCACACGACAGCAACACAGAGCAGUUGAGCACAAACAGAUUAGCAUUAGCAUCAUCUCACUUCCGCCUUCCUUACCCCGCCCCCUCCACACGAGUCCCCUUUUCAUAGCUGUCUCAGGCAAUGCCUGUAAGAUAAAGUUCCGACUUUUAUUCUCGUAAAUCUACGAGUUUAUUCUCGUAAAUUUACGAUUUUAUUCCCGUAAAUGUAGGAGUUUUUCCUCGUAAAUUUACAACUUUAUUGUCGAAAACUAAAUUAUUUGAAUACUCUGUCGUGACAGGCGUGGGACAGCUAUGAAAACAGGGUCUAAGGUAGUAUUAUUACUUUUUUCUCGUACAUUUUUUCUCGUAAAUUUAGCAGAAAAAAGGGAAAAAGUAAAUUUACGAGAAUAAAAGUCUUUGACCCCGUUUUCAUAGCUGUCCUAGGCAACGCCUAUAACAUAAAGUUACGGCUUUUAUUCUCGUAAAUGUACGAGUUUAUUCUCGUUAAUGUACGAGUUUUUCCUCGUAAAUUUACAACUUUAUUGUCGAAAACUAAAUUAUUUUAAUACUCCGUCGUAACAGGAGUGGGACAGCGAUGAAAACGGGGUCAGAGGUAAUAUUAUGACUUUUUUUCUCGUACAUUUUUUCUCAUAAAUGAACCAGAAAAAAGUGAAAAAGUAAAUUUACGAGAAAAAAAAAAAGUCUUUGACCCCGUUUUCAUAGCUGUCCCAGGCAACGCCUGUUACGACGGAGUACUUGUAUUAAAGUAAUCAGAGAUUUCGAGAAUAGAGUCGUAAAUUUACGAGAAAAUUUGUACUUUGACGAGAAUCAAGGUCGUAACAGGCAUUGCCUGAGACAGCUAUGAAAAGGGGGGCUUAUGUGGAGGGCGCGGGGUAAGGAAGGCGGAAGUGAGAUGAUGCUAAUGCUAAUGCUAAUCUGUUUGUGCUCAACUGCUCUGUUGUGCUGUUUCCUUCAUCCUGAAGAACUAUGCUCUAUUUUCCCUCUGACACGUGUGACACGAGGAAACGUAAAAUUACGAGUUUAGUCUCCUAAAUUCGUGACUUUUAUUCUCGAAAUCUCACAUAUAUAGAUUUUUUUCAGUGUGGCCGUCGUAAGUUUCCGUCCAGUUGAAAUGCAAAAACAACACUUUCUAAAAUGGUGCCCAGCGUUAGCGUGCUUAGCAACGCUUCUGCCGCCGUAGCUGCGGUUGAAUCACGCCUGUCGAAUCUCUGGGUUGUUACGUUGUUACGUGUUACGUUGUCAGCGAGUGUAGCUAGCGGAGGGAAUAGGCUUUGUUGUCAAUGGAAAUGAAGACAUCACCUGGAGUGAUGUGAGGGUGAGACGGAGUGUAAAUACACUAUUUAAAGCCUCCAGAACACUCGACUAUCAUUCAUGACGCUCCUCGAAGGGAAGGCGUUUUCUCAGUCCUCCAAAAGUGGAAUAAGAAGGUGCUGACUGAGAAUCAACACCUUAUUUACCAAAAAAACUAAUCCUCUGUAUUAUGCUCAUGUACAUAAAUGGGGAAAUGCGUCUUAUGUAUAAAGAGAAAUGAAUGCAUACAUACUGUAAAUGUUUAUGUGCUAUUUAAAAGAGUUAUUCAUGUUGUGUGUGUGUGUGUGUGUGUGUGUUCACACUGUAUACGUCUUUGCACUUACAUGUUUGUUGAGUGUUCACGUGCGUGUGCAUCGGGUUUAUGACCAAACAAAAAUGGGAAAAAAAACCUGCUGUAAAUAAAUGAUGUAGAUAAACGCUGAGGAUGAGAGGUGGCACGUAAAAAAAAACGGAUACGGAGCUUACCGGCGUACGAUGAAUCCACCUGGUACUUCCCGUCGUUGGGAUCCUAUGCGGCAUGCAGGGUUAGCGGGUUGAUACUGUGAAAAGCAGGGACAACAGCAGCAGUUGUGUAGCAAGGUGUGCGUGAGUGAAUGUCUAAGGUGGGGUUUCCCAAACUUUUUUGUCAUGUCAUCACUGAGGUUGCUCCUCCCGCCAAGUUAUUCGUGAUAACCACCACCUCGCGUAACAGAAAGACAGACUCCAAAAGUAAUCCAUUCAAGUCCAAGGUAAGAUGGUUCACUCAUGAGCACAUGCGACGCACACGUCAUGUCAUGUGAUUCCCCCUCCCGCCAGUUAUGAACGAUAACCACCACCUUGCAUCAUAGAAAUAAACAAAACAGUUUGAAAUGAGCCACAAAGUCCAACGUACGCUGGCUCACACGCGCUCACGCUACAUGCCUGCCACAUGAUGGCAUUUCAGUCACUCCCCCCGCCGGUUAUUAAUAACAACCCCCACUUAGAAAUAUAUGGAAUAAGCCGCAAAGUCAAAGGUAAUCCGCGCCGUGCAAUGCAUCUCAUGUAAUUACCGCAAGCGCUCCUCCCACCAGGUCUGAAUUCAUGCAUGGUAGAAACAAACAGAAAGAUUCAAAAUAACCCAAAAAGUCAAAGGCCACGGUACACUUCACGCACGAGCACAUGCGCAAUGCGGAUGUGUCGUGCGAUCGCUGCGCUCGCCACUGGAAAUAAUCCACAAAGUUGAAGUCCAAGGCACGCUUGAUCGCGCGUGCACGAGUAAUGAACGCUCCUCUUGACAGUUAUUAAUGACCGCAACCGCCUUACGUAGUACAAACAGCAGAAAGACUCAACAUAAUCCACACAGUCGCAGCUCAUGGUCGAUGUCAUCGCUCGUGCAUGAGCGCAUGCAUGCUCACAAUAGAAAUGUCAUAUUAUUAAUGAUAAGCACCUCCUUGCCUGAUGUGAUCUCACCUUCAGUUUGGGAGACCCUGCUGUAUGAGGAGUGGCUGCAAAUGGACAAUGCCAACUUUCUAAAGUAGUCUGUGUUUAGCUUGAAACCAAAUGCCAUGUGUAAAAAGGCCACAUGUCGUCGUCUCAUUUCAACCUGCUGCUGGUCAUUGCAGGACCUUUGGAAUGUGCACGUGGGGCAAGCUAAGAAAUAAAGCCGUGUCCCCCAUUCAGGGGCACGGGUCUCACGUACCUCUCAUUUAUUGUGCGGCAACACCCAGAGACUUGAGUGGUGGUGAGAGGCCGAGGACUGUGGAAUAAUCCACGAUGCGAUACUUGAUACUCAUGCAAAUGAUAACAUGAAUAAAAAUGCAUUGAAACAAGGACAAGUGUCAUUUUAAUCUGUGAUUUCAACGUGUCACUGAUGUGUAAGAACAGCAACAUAUUCAAUGUUUCAGAUCAUCAAACACAUUUAAGUAUCAGUCAAUGACAACACAUUAUAUUUUAUAUAUUAUAUUAUAUUAUUAUAACAGUGAUAUUAUCUUCCCUGGAUUUCCUGAAAAGAAAAUCAACACACAACACACAUUCAUCCAAGAUCAAAGAUUUUGUUUAUUUUCAAUCACAUACAUGUACUAUUUUUAUUUUUUACAUACACAGUUCCUUUAAAAUGUGUUUGGAGUAACAGCUCUCAUGUUUUUUUUUUCUAUUUUAUCUUUUAAUCAUUUGCAAUUGAUUCGGAUUUUUUGCCUGAAGCUUUUUAAAAUCAGCAUGAAACAUGUUUCAUGACGGAAACGGCAGAAAGUAAAGGAAGAAGAAACAGAAAAGGGGUGAAAUGGGAGAAGAACAUCGCCUGAUAUCAGAUGAGCUAUACAGGGUUGUCGUCGUUGGUUGCAUCGGCGGGCCUCCCUGUGUCUUUAUUGCAUUGAUGGCUUGUUGGUAUUUACAAGAGCGUGGGUCUACACCCUGAACACGACUUCAAGUUGACAUUCAAAAAGGAGGAUUUGAAAGAAAAAUCAGCACAAGUUCAGAUCUUUUCAUUUCAGGACACAUUGUGUUGACUUGCUGCUUUAUUUCAAAUCAAUGACACACGAUUGGCUCCUACUUUACAUUCACUUGACAGCUGUUUGUGUCGGAAAAGGACCCUUUGAUUUAAAGCAGGGGUGGGAACAUUGAAUCAAAUAUAUGAUGCAACGAUGUUAUUUAGUCUACUUUGAUCAGUUCUGGAUUAAAUGUUACAUUUUAGUUGUUUUUUAAUAACGACUCAAAUAUUUUGGUGGGCUGUUUAUGGCCCGUGGGCCACAGGUUUCCCAUCCCUGCUUUAAUAUAACACAACUUGUUGCCAAAAUUAUAUACAAUAAAAUACAUAAUGUGAAAAACUAUUAUUAUUAUUGUUUUUUCAAAAUACAAUAUGAUAAAUUAAAAGAAAUACAAAGAUGAAAUAAGCAAAUAGAAUGAAAUGUACUUGUGUUUCGGGGGCUUUUUAUAUCCAAGAUGUUCAUCAUGGCGGGUCAGAUGAAAUGAUAGAAAAGAUAAUACAACACAACUUCUGUUUGUUUGUUUUAUCCAAAAUCAAUUCAUGAUUUCAAAUUAAUUAAUUAUUCAAAUGUAUUUAAGUGUGGAAAUGUUAAGUGUAAUUUUUUUUAAUUUUUAAUAAAUACAGAAAUACAAAUUAUGAAAUCUGAGAAAAGAAAAAGAGAAUAAACCUUAAAAAAAAUGGUAUUAAAUUAAAAAUAUGUCACUGAACUGAAAAGCUUGUUUUGUUUUUACUGUGGCAAGUUCUAAAAAUAACAUUUUGAAAAUACGGCCCGUUUGAGAAUAUACAAAGGAGGAUUAUAUUUUCCUUAAUAAGUCCCCCACCACAAAAAUAAAAUAUAAA